AUGUCCAUCGCCAUCUGGCCGCCCGUCCCGCCGGCGGAGCUCCCCGCGCGGGUGGCCGAGACGCGGGCGCGCGAGCUGGCCUGGAUCGCGGGCGAGACGCUCGACGCGUGCCGCGAGCUCAAGCACGGGCUCGAGGACUGCUACGCGCUGCUGGCGCCCGUCGACCCGGGGAGCACGCUCGUCAUGAGCACGCGACACAACGAGAAGGUCAAGGGCACGCUGACGCGCGUCGGCACCCGCAUCGUCAAGGGGACGCUCCAUCUGCAGCUCCGGACGCUGCCCGCGCAGACCAUCUCCGUUGACCCGUCGUCGCCUAUCCACAUCCCCGCCCUCGACGAGCUGCACACGCACCUCACCCAGUCCAUCGACCUCCUCGGCGUAUGCCUCUCCCGCGCCGCCUCUCCCUCAUCGUCAUCAUCAUCGCCGCCGCCGUCGUCAUCAUCCCCAGCCAUCGACGCCCCCUACCUGGCCUCCACCCUCGCCCUGCUCGCCGACUCCCUCGCCGCCUCCUCCGCCCUGCUCAAGGGCCCGCAGCAGCUCGCCGUCCCGUCCGCCUCCAACUCCGGUCACGGCUCCGGCUCCGCGCCGCAACCACCCCCAGACACGUCCGCCUGGCUCACCUCUUCCUGCCCGGCGCACCACUUCACCCCGCCCUGCCCCAGCCCGCACCACCUCAGCGUCCACCUCGGCCUGCAGGAGAGCUGCGUCGUCCUGCACCUCCGCGCCCUCGAGCCCGCCGGCGCGCCCGUCCACUUCGGCACCAAGCUCGGCCUUGCUAUCGGCACCGUCCGCCGCCUCGAGCACGACGAGAUGGACACCGUCUUCCGCUACCGCCCCGCUGGCGACGGCAGCGCAGAGUCCAAGCACCCCAGCGCCAGGCACUCGCCCGACCCCAGUGCCCACGGGAGCGUCGGGAGCGGGAGUGCAGCCGGCGGCGGCGGCGGCGGCGACGCCGUCGAGCAGGUCUACGUCCGGGAAAAGGUGCGCAUCGAGAGCGCCGACCCGAGCCUCAUAUCCCUCUACUCGAAACUCGGAUACCUGAGCCACAUGCUGGGCCAGACGCGGCGGAACCUCGCCGCCGUCAUGGGCGUGGACCUGGACGAGGCUUGA